ACCAUUGCUUCGGAGACUGAGGCACGGCGGGUGACUACUUUCUUAAACUUCAUUUCGUUUUUACUAGCAAGAAGAGAGUCCUCUUUCUGUGCCUAGGACAGCCAUGGCUCGUGGUCCCAAGAAGCAUCUGAAGCAUGUAGCAGCUCCAAAGCAUUGGAUGCUGGAUAAACUGACUGGGGUAUUUGCUCCUCGCCCAUCUACCGGUCCCCACAAGCUGAGAGAAUGUCUCCCUCUCAUCAUUUUCCUAAGAAUCAGACUUAAGUAUGCCCUAACAGGAGAUGAAGUAAAGAAGAUCUGCAUGCAACGGUUCAUUGAUAAGACAGGAGAGAAUUUCCGUCUGGUCUAUGACACCAAGGGUUGCUUUGCUGUUCAUCGUAGACCUGAGGAGGCCAAGUACAAGCUGUGCAAAGUGCGGAAGAUCUUUGUGGGCACAAAGGGAAUCCCUCAUCUGGUGACCCAUGAUGCUCGUACCAUCUGCUACCCUGAUCCCCUCAUCAAGGACGACACCAUUCAGAUUGAUUUGGAAUCUGGCAAAAUUACCGGUUUCAUCAAGUUUGACACCGGUAACCUGUGUAUAAUCACCGGAGGUGCCAACCUGGGAAGAAUUGGUGUGAUCACCAACAGAGAGAAACAUCCUGGUUCUUUUGACAUAGUUCAUGUCAAAGAUACCACUGGCAAUAGCUUUGCCACCAGGCUCUCUAAAAUUUUUGUUAUCAGCAAAGGCGACAAACCAUGGAUUUCCCUCCCCCCUGGAAAGGGUAUUUGCCUCACCAUUGCUGAAGAGAGAGACAAGAGACUGGCGGCCGAACAGUUGGUGAAAUGAGCUGACGUGACAUGAUUAGAAGAGUCUUUGUACUUAAUUAAAGAUAAUGCAGCAUGGGGGGGGGCGAGAUGGGGAAAAUGGACACUCCCACUAAGAUGCUAAUAAUUCCUGACCUAAAUUUCAUUCCCUUUUCCUGUGGGACUUAACAGCUAAAUGAGUAUGACAGUCCUUUACCCUAAAGUCAUUCUCACUUCAACCUCUUCCUUUUUUUAGAUGCCCGAGUUAGUUCAUUGUACUUUUCAGUUUGUAACCAGCUAUCUGCUCCUGAAAAGCUCUUACUUAAUUUAUUAGUUUAUUCCCUUUUAGUCACAUAGCUGCAUGAGCAAUUACUCUGAUGUAUUUUCAGCAUAUAUUUGAAUUUGUAGGUUUCUAGCAAAAUAAGUAGUUUUGUUUUGACUUUAUGUAAUGGUAAUUAAAAUGCAAAUAUAAAUUUUAAUAGUUAAUGGUAAUGUAUUAAUAUUGCUUUAUGAAAUGUAACAAAUACAGCAUACCACUGUAGGAUGUCAGUAAUUGGUGAAACUGAUGCCAGGUACAUGACAGCUCUGUACUAUCUUAAGUUUUCUGUAAAUGUAAAAUUACUUUAAAAAAUAAAGCCUAUUAAAAAAA